UGGAUGAUGGCAUGAAUCGCCUUCAAGUCCUCGUUGAAGAGCGAGGUAUGGCUGCUGUCCCGGGGGCGGAGAAUCCGGGUGAUGAUGUAGAGGAGGAGGCGCUUGUCCGGUGGGGCCGAGUGAAUCGUCGGUGCGCCGCUGUGACGGAUGAGGUUGGUGAUCCCAAGCUCUCGGAUGACCACCGCCUCGUUGUUGAGGAUCCAAUCAUCGCCACCAUAGGUUGCGAUGUCGUCACCGCGGAUGGGCAGCCCUGCGACCCGAGCGAAGGUAGGCAAAUCAAUCUCUAUGUCGUAGAGAUUGAUGCUGCUGCGAAUGGUGUCCCCGUCACGGCGGAGAUUGGAAUAGAAAGCCCGGAGAAAGGCAGGAUUGAAGCUCGAGCGGCUCUUGGAGACGAAUGGCCACAAACCCGACGCUUGGAGUUGGUUGUCGAGGUCGUGGUACCCUUUGUCUUGGGGAAACAACUCCGGGAGCACGCGAGGUGGAGAGAUCGGGCGCUUGGCAAAGUGAGUGAGGAAGCGUGUUAGUUCUUCCUCCGACCCGAACUCAAGAAAUGAUCCAUCCAAAUAUGGGAACGGAGGAGGCGCGGAACUUGAGGGUUCGGCGGUGCUUUUCUUCUUGGAAGCCUUAGACUUUGAUCUUCCUCCGGCCAUGAUUAAGGCGUUUUUGAAGAAAGACUGAAGAAAUGUUGAGAUUAGGAUCAAGGAAUGAAAUUAUGAUGUUAAU